AUACAGUAGAUGGCGGUAAUGCUCUGGAAAAGAAUGCGAACCGCCAAUAAGCAUGAAAAAGAAGAAAAGAAGACAUGGCGCGUUGCCAUCUAACUGUACGUCUUUUGCUGAUGACUUUGUUUAUUUGUGUAACGUUAGAAAUAUUGCUCCUGAAUGAACGAAACGCCCUGCAGUCCGCGUCUGUCUGCUUAUUAUUCGCACUACAGGGAGAUAUUUAUCGAUUAGCAGGACUAAUUGCCGCGGCGAGGAAAAAAUGCUCCAAUGCAAAACAAGUAAAACACAUCGCUGCUCUUAUUCUCGCCCGAGGGGGAAGUAACGGCAUUCCUCUGAAGAACAUCAAGAUGCUGGCAGGAGUUCCUCUGAUCGGAUGGGUGAUCAGACCAGCGCUGGACUCUGCUGUUUUUAAAAGUGUUUGGGUGUCCACUGAUCAUGAUGAGAUCGAGAGAGUGGCCAGGGCUUGGGGUGCUAAAGUGCACAGGAGGAGUCCAGAGGUGUCCAAAGACUCCUCAAGCUCACUGGAGACCAUUCAGGAGUUCAGCAGAAUACACCCAGAGGUUGACGUCAUCUGUAACAUCCAGGCCACGUCUCCUUGUCUGCACCCCACUCAACUCAAAGAGGCUUUGGAGUACAUCACCAAAAAAGGAUGUGAUUCUGUCUUCUCUGUGGUCCGGCGACACCGUUUCCGGUGGCAAGAAGUCAAGAAAGACGGCCAGUGUACUAAGGCACUGAACCUGAACCCAUUUCACAGGCCGCGGCGUCAGGACUGGGCAGGAGAACUGUGUGAAAACGGCUCUUUUUACUUCGCUACCAAAGAACUUAUACAAAAAGGGCUUCUUCAGGGUGGAAAAAUGAAGUACUAUGAGAUGGAUCCCAAGUACAGUGUGGAUAUUGAUGUUGACAUAGACUGGCCCAUAGCUGAACAGAGAGUGCUGAGGUACGGCUACUUCGGUAAGGACAAACCUGAAGUUGUGAGGCUUCAGCUGUGUAAUGUGUCAGGAUGUACACUGACAUACAUCUCAGCAAAUGAAGAGGAGGUGGUGUCCAUCAACACCAGAGAACAGCCCGGCAUCCACAUGCUGAAGAAAGAGGAAGUGAAGGUUAUUUUGAUCGAAAAAGACACCAUUACAAAAGCCUUAGCAGACAAACUCUCAGAGACAUUGGGCUGUCCACAGGAAGUGGAAGACAAACUGAAGAAGGUGCAGGAACUCAUGGAGAAAGAAGGAAUGGUGUUGAAGGCGGCUUAAGUGAGACAGGAGCUUUAUGGGUUUUUUUUCAGUUACAUCAGCCAAAC